AUGGCCUUUGCAGCAGGCGCCGCCGUUACGCUCCCGACCAUCGGGGCACUGGGUACCCUCGCGUACCAGGCCAGGAACAUGCAGGGCGACAACAAGUCUGGAGACGGCCAGCAGCGCCGCCCCUCGUUCCUCCAGGCCGAGAACACCCGCUCGCUGAUACUCGAGGACGACCCGAGCGAGUUCAGCUCCUUCUCAUCGAACCCCAGCAUCAUGGACCAGCGCAUGAUGACCCGCCGCGAGUCCAUGCCCGAGGCCGUCAAGUUUGACCAAGUCAAGCCUGACAUGUCGCUGCUGGAAGAGCCGCACUUGCAGACCUGGCGCACCCGGUACAUGUGGGGCAGGCGCUACGGCAUGAACUUUGCACACAACGAUCGCUAA